AUGCUGAAACCAAAUACCUUCUUAUCAGUAGUGAUUGGAACGAACGAGCGAGUUGACACAUCGGCGAUUUCCGUACGAUUUAUGGCAACUGAUUUAAGUGACCAUGGAAUAGUAAGGUGGCUCCGGCAACAUCCAGUGGUUCUCGCUCUCCCGUGGAAGCCGUCUGUUCGUAGGGCUGAACGAUCGAAUGCCAUUGAUGUACUGUGCUCAGGCGUUUUGGGUGAUGAGGUUUGUCCAGGAGUACUUGUGUUGGUGUUAUCCAAGCUUAGGGUGAGCAUGGACCAAUGGCAGCAAUAUUUCACGGAGCCUGUCAACCCUCUGACUCCGGAAGAUCGGACAGAGUGGAUGGCGAAGCAAACGGGGGUGGUCAUGAGCUCAGAUGCAUUCCUUCCAUUCAGAGAUAACAUCGACUGUGCCAAGCAGUAUGGAGUAACGUAUGUUGCUCAUCCGGGAGGCUCUGUGCGGGACGAGGACAUUGUCGAAGCCUGCGAUGAAUAUGGCAUUACCCUCAUCCACACGGGUCUUCGGCUGUUCCACCACUGA